AGAGAAGGGAGAGAAACGAGAGAAGCGAGAGAAGGGAGAGAAGCGAGAGGUAGUGGGCCCGCCGCCCGCGUCCUGCAAUAUAACGAGGGGGGACGAGUGCCGCCGGUGCCCCAAUCCCCACUCCCUCAUCCAAAUCCAAUCGAAAGUCCAAUUCCGUCGAUCCUAAUCGCCGACUCUGGGCGUGAUGAGUUCCUUCGCCGUGGUUUCCGACAAUGGCGACGAGGACGCCUGCGUGGGGGAGAACUCCGUCGUGGUCCCCGUCAAGAGCGAGGAGGACGCCCGCAAGGGCGAGGCCUCCGUCGUGGUCUCCGGCGAGGGCGAGGGCACCUGCAAGGGUAAGGCCUCCGUCAUGGUCUCCGGCAAGGGCAAGGACGCCGUCAAGCCCUCAUGUACGGCGCAGUAUCCCUGCGUCAAGCGGCUUCGUGAGCGGCGCCUCCUCUCCUUCCUCCUGGACCAAGGCUUCGACGGCGCCUUCAGAGAGCUGAAUCGCGAGACGGGGGUGCUGUUCAACGUGGAGCACAUCCGGCGGCUGGUGAGGCGGGGACAAUGGGAUGACGCCCUCAUGUACCUCAACACCUUCCUGCCGCCGUUCAUCAGUGAACGUCGGAGCUUCCGCGCCAGGAUCUUCAACAACUUCCUCCUCAUGCACCACCGCUUCGCCAACGUCGUCGCCGGCAACAAGGACAUGCACCUGGACAAGCAGUACGCCGACGGCCGCAGCAGCUCCACCCGCGCCGAGCGCAGGUUCCGCUCCAUGAACUACUCCAUACUCGCCCCGGAUUCGGGCCACCUCAGGGCCGCCAUCGACUGGGACAAGGUGAGGAGCCACGCAGCGUGUCUUAUCCCCGAGUUGGCUCACCGUACUCCGGAGCUGAAACGCCGGACGGUGUUGCCGUCCCGCUGCAUGAUGCCGCACGAUGUACUCCCCAUUGGGACCGGUUUGUUCCUGAGGCGUCGGGUGAAGAAACAAGGCCCCCAGCCGCCAAAAACAGACGCUAUCAUCACUGCCAUAAAACACCAGCGGUAUUGCCGCCUCGUUAGGGAUUCGAGCAUUGGAUCGAAAGAUGAAGCACUGGAACUGCUGGUCAAUUACCUAGAUCAGACUUUGCAGGCUGGUCUACCUAGAGGUUGCACACUAAGCUAUGACUUUCAACCAAGUGGGAAGGAAGUUGAACUUGCUGCGGAUGCUUCUGAUGCUCCGUCAGAGCAAACCAUGCUUGGCACAUCCACAGAUAAUGUUAAAGUCCAUGCCACAUCGUUAGUGAAAAUUUCUGGUGCUCCAAUCUGCCAGAUCAUUUCUGGUACCUUGAAAGUUCAUGCUGAAAACCCUGGGAUCUCAACACCGACAAAUGCAGGCACAAAGCGUUUAAUACAAGAAGGUUAUCAUACUCAUAAUCAAAUGGAUGGACUGCCAACCGUUGAGGAUGAUAUUGAGGCAAAGAGGCAACGAACGACUGGGACAUUUGGUGAAAAAAGUUCGGUGCCGGCGUUUGGAGGCCGAGCAUCCACCGAUGCCAACACACUGGUGAACUUCAGGCCGAAGCUGAGGCCCGUCUGCUCCAUGUGAAGACAGAGAUGGUUGAUGGGCGACUGCACCCACCGGUGCUGCUGCAGCUAGCAUUUGGUUGUUUCGUUCCUGCUGCUCCUCCUAUACUACCUACUUAGUGCUUGCGCCGUGAUUAUGUCACCUGCUUGCUUGAGGCUUGCAAGUCUCCUAGAACUCAUAAUGUUAUGUUAUGCUAUGAUGCUACUAUAUGAAGUCGUGGCGUUCUUGUUAAUUAGAGCUAUAUAUAUGGUCUAUGCUAGCAAGUCAGAUUUACGUCAUAUGUAUUAAUGGAACACCUGCAUGGUCUUGGAUUUUUUUUGGGUGCGUACAAGAUGCUAGCUCUUCCAUGCAAAAUCUGGAAAAGCAAUUCUUGGUACAGUUUAAGUAUGAAAUUCAGUGA